AUGUGGAGGCUCGUGGUUCAAACCUUUAAACAUCUCCUGAGAUCCAGUUGAUAAACUGAACUCCGACUCACCAGAAGGAUGACAACAUCUUUGACAGUUUCUCUUGUUUUGGCUUUGGGAUUAAUACAUCCCAUCUGUAUGUCGCUUUCUGCCCAUCCUGAGGAUUUAGAGGGGUCGGGUUAUGAAUGGGACGGUUCUGGUUCAGGGGAUUCGUCAGACCAAGGUGAAAUGGAAAAUAUCAUCCGUCAACCCAACAGCAAAGGAACCAAGAAUACUUUACAUAACUUUGAAGAUAUAUACAAAGACGGCGGAUCAGGGUUUGUCAUUGUGGAAAACAGCAAGAGUCUCUUGGACAACAAAGAAAUCGUUGCCGCCGUUAUUACAGGAGGAGUUAUAGGAGCGGCCGUUGCAGUUUUACUGGGAGCAGUGUUAAUCUACAUGUGGAAGAAGAAAGAUACCAAAGGAUACAUCCCGGGUCAACAACAGGCUUCAGAUUAUCAUGGACCCAACAGGGAGGUAGUUGUUGUUUAACCUUAAACUUUCACAACAUUGUUCACGCUCUGAAGCCAAUGUCUGUAACUUAGGAAAUACUCUAGAGAGGGUAUUUACUUGUUUUUCUGGAGUGAAGGAUGGGUAAUGACACUUACCCUUGCACUUAAUGGAUAUGUAUCCGUAGUAUCUGUUUAUUUGAUAUUGUAUUUAUGAUUAGGAUGAAAUAUAAGAACUCUUUAUUUACAAAUUGUCUUAAUUUAUUACUACUAACACAAAACCAAAACCUGAUCAAACACGUGAAACCAGAUGAAAAUAGAAUAAAUGAAUCAAAUUAAAUGUGAUGCAUGUAAAAAUGACAGGAAUAAGCCACACAGUAAAAGUGGGUCUUCAGAAGAUAGGUUGCUGUGAUCAUUUUUGACCUGCAGUUGUACGAAUUCUUUAUAAAUCUGGUGUACAGUCACUUUGUAAGAAAUGUUUUGUAAAAAAUAUUUAAUAGCCCCUUUUUUUGGCGUCACAGUAUGAAAAUCAGUCCGCCAUUAAAUGUCGACACAAAAUGUUACAACACAAGUUUGAGACUUCAGUCUUUGCAAGAAAGUAUCUUGUGUCCUUAACUAUUGU